GGAUGGUACUUGUAUGUUUUUUUUGGGGGAAUGGCACCCAUCUUUGUUUCUUUUUUAGGAAGUGACACCAGUAUCGGUAGCUUUUUUUAGGGAAUGUCACCCAUAUUUUGAAAUUUUCUUCAGGGAAUGGUGCCAGUAUCCUUAAUUUUUUUUUCUCUCUUUCUUUCUUUUCUGGGAAUGGUAUCUGCAUCCUUAACGUUUUUUUUAUUAAUAUAAUUUAUUUUAGGGACUGGCAUUAGUAUCCUUCACGUUUUUUUUUUCAGGGAAUGGCUCAAGCACCACCUCUAUGUCAAAUCUGAGACCGUAAAUGAGAACGGUGAACCUAUUAUGCUGUCCUUGACGGGUAAAUGAUUUUCCCCUUUCUUUACCAUAAAUUGUAAUGAUGGCAUUGCAUGAAUACAUGAACGAAUAAGAAGAUACAAUUCUUUGUCAUAUGUGUUUAUGUGUGGGGGUUUUCAUGAGAGUCCGAUUGUGUUUGUAUGGCUGGGAUAGUGCCUGUUUUAUAUGUUUUUAUGCGUGCGUGUGGACGUAGUGUGUGUUCAGUUUUUGGGUAUAUAUGUUCGUAUUUUCUUAUUUCACAUCAGAGGAAAAUAUAACCAGGAUCCAUGAAGAAGUUAACAAAUCCAGGAUGUUCAAAAAAGCCAUAGUUUUAGUGAAGGAAUUGCAAGAGGCGAAGAGACUUUCCGAGGAAGUGACGAUUCUGUGUUGGAUCCCCUUGUCUCCCGAGGCGCACGACCAGACCGCCCGGCAUGUCAGGGCCACGUGGGGGAAGCGAUGCAACAAACUCGUCUUUAUGAGUACUAAGGACGACCCUUCCAUUGGUGCUGUGAACGUGGGAAGUAAAGAAGGAUAUGCAUAUCUUUGGCAGAAGACUAUGUUUUCUCUUCAGUAUAUUUAUAAGCAUUUUUUCGACGACUUUCAGUGGAGAGUAAAGACAGAUGAUAAUAUAUAUGUGAUAAUGGAAAAUCUACGUUAUAUGUUACGUGCUUAUGAUACAAACGACCCUAUUUAUUUUGGACUUUACUAUAAAAAUUUCGGACGAUAUAAUGCAGGAGGAGCAGGCUAUGUUAUGGGCAGAGAAUCAGUCCGAAGGUUUAUCGAGCAGGCGUUGCCAAACACUGCGAUCUGCCAAGGGCAGUGUGAAGGAAGGGAUAUCCCCUUAGGAAACUGUUUACAAAGAGUUGGUGUAAAAUUCGGAGACACACGCGAUCACAUCGGACAAGGAAGAUUCUGGCAACACCAUCCGAUAUCAAUUAUCAAAGAGACCAAACUUGUAGAAAGUUACCAACAUUAUCCAGUUCUUGAAUGGCCAAAUUCCUCCUCGGACACAGUCAUCAGUUUCCACAGAAUGACAACCUCUGACCUAUACCUAAUGGAAUACUUCAUCUACAACAUUCGCAUCUUCGGUCACAUGCCGACUUUGCCUCUCGCAGUUUUUCUUCCGCCAGACCUGAAUGUGGUACCUAAUAAGGUACUAGCAUCCUAUAUACUCUUGUCAAGAGAUUUCAUGACCCUAGCUGUCAGACCAAACCUCCAGGAGACCUAUAGCCACUGGGGCUUCGCUUCACUGCUAAAUGUAUCAAGAACCACCAAAGGGUUUCCAAGACGGAAUAGCAACAUCAGCACAGUCAAGGCGGUGACCUUGAUAUUGCCCAAACUACCCACACCCCCUCUUUGA